AUGGUGCAGCGGACAAAGCUGCUGUCGCUGCUUGCCUGCAGCCUCGUCCUGGCGAGCCUGAUGUCGCCAACGGAGAGCAAGGCUGUGUGGGACACGAUUGUGCCUACAGACAACGGCGUAUGGUACCAGGCGACCUUCUACGAAUAUCCCAUUGCCGGACUGAAAGCUGGACCGCUGGCUGGCACCCCUGGAGCCAUUGACCCACCUAAGGGCACAGCAUAUGGUCGCAAGCUGCUGAACGAGGUCCUGACCUGGCCAGGCCAGUGGGUGGCGGGUCAUCUGGGGGAACCCGGCCUCCCCCUGCCAUCCAACACCCACGGAGUCUUCUCAAGCUCCUCGUCCGGUCCCCAGGGCUUCAAGGGCGCUGUGGGCCAGUUCAACAACAAUGGCGUCAUCGGCGUUGUGGAUGAAAAUGGCAACAUCCGUACCAUCAACUCUCCCUUUGCCACAGCACCCGUUCCAAUUCGCACUUCCUGGUGGGGCUGCUGGCCCUUCUGGCGCAACUGCAACGGCAUCGCUGUCACUUCCGGCGACGGGGGCAACUUUGCUGCUGCUGGGACCAGCAUCGGCCGCAAGCUGGCUGACUGGGGCGGCUGGCACGGCGGCCACGGUUUUAAGGGUGGCCGUGGUUUUGGCGGCUUCGGAGAGCGCCGCGGCUUCGGCGGCUUCGGCGAACGCCGCUUUGGCGGCUUCGGCGACCGCCGCGGCUUUGGCGGUUUCGGCAACCGCGGCGGCUUUGGGGAACACGGCUUCUCCGGCCGCAAGAUGCUGGGCGUGGACUUCGAGGGUCGCGAGGGAUCUGAGAACCGCCGCUGA